AUGAAUGAUUGGAAUCUCCAGGCAAUCGACGAUGGGUCGCAGCGACUCGCAGCUGCCAGGCACUCGACUCAAUACAUUGGAAGCACCCACAUUUCUGGCGUGGAUUACUUGUACCCGCUGCCUGGGAAAAACAAGGUUAACAGCCCGACAGGGUUGCGGGAGACCGGCCACGACGACUACCGAAGGCGACGAAUGAGCGGCCCGGAGGAAGCCAAGGCAUAUGGCAUCUUGCCCUGGCUCUGUUUCGCGGGGUUGCGACGAACCUCCAUUCAGAGUUGCGCACAUCUCACUACCCAAAACACACUGGCUGAUAACUCGUCGACUCAGAGGGAGGAAGACAGUGUUUUGGCGGAGUGCCUCUUGCAGUCUGCCGUAACAGGGACAGGCCACCGAGGCAGGGUGAACGAGCCUGGCGUCCGCCUCGGGCAAAUAGAUCCUUUCGGUCAGUGGCGUGUCGGCGGGAGGCUGGGCUGGGGCCAACUAGCAGUCCCGUUUCGCCCUGCAGCGCAGACCAGAUGGAAAGUCGAUGAGGGAGGGGUGUUUGAUGCAGCUAGCCAUGACGGGACUCUUCUGACCACGCAAGUUUUCUUUGGCACAGACGGGGCUGGAACCUGCAAGCUGCAGCCUGGGACAAAACUCACUUAUCCUGGAAAUCCCAUCUCCAAGGCCGACACACCGAAAGCGCAAUACCUAGUCAAGGGGCUCCAUUUUCCCAGCAUCCAGCUCUGCCAGGCUCCAGCUUUUGCUUGCACCAACACCAGAGCCCUGUGA